AUGAUGUUGCCCAGCUUCUCACCUCCCGGUUUCGGUCGACGCAGACGGGCGACCUCUGAGAGCACAAACGAUUCUAGCCACUCCUCCAGAAGUCGCAAACCCUCUCGGGUCAUUUCUCAGAUGGACGACUGGAGCGAUGGAUUCACAGGCCUCGUAGACCUUGACCGUCGCAUGCGCAAGCUCGCCAUGUCCGAUCAAGAUGUUUCUUCCUUUGGUCUUAGCGACGGUCUCUGCAACAACGAAGCUUACUCGCUCACUACCUUGUCUUUGACAGAGCGGGUACAAUCGCGGAGACACAGUACGUCUGAGUCGCGACCCAACAGCUCGCCGAGGUCAUCGCUGGCGAUAGGACAGAGCAAUCCGUCGAUUGGGCCUUCGUAUAGUUCGACCAUGGCAACCUCGCGCUUUUCGCAAGACUCGCGUCGUGCCUCGUUGUCGCUACUCUCCAAGCGCAGGUCCAUCGCAGGCAACACGAUUGAUUCUUUCGAAAGUGUCCAUAGCGCGUUGCGGCUGGCACCUCUGCCCACGUCGGCAUCUGUCUUGAGCAACAGUCGGCUGACGAAUGCGAGCGCGUUUUUCAAGUCGACACGAUCGACGAGUACUUUAUCGGCGUCAUCAUGGACGGGCGAGGAAGAUGAGCUCUCGCACCCAGCGCUUGUGGGCUCGAUGGCGUCGAGACAGCAGCAGGAGGCGCUCUCACCCGGCACAGCAGCCGCUGCUACAUGGAUGGAUCCUUCGGCGCCCAGCUAUUUCGCCGCGUGCAUCGGGGGCAGUCGUGGAGAUUACAAACACAAGUCACGGUCUCUAUACAAGAAACUCGCUCGUGCGCCUCUGCCACGACUUGUGUCGGGUGAAGUGGUCUCUUCUCCUGUCGCUGAAUCGGCCGAGCCACGGCGGGCGGAUGCGCUGUAUGGCAUGCAAAUGGGUGAAUUGGAUACAUGGCAGUCAAUCAAUUCUCAUCUCACGCCUGAUCGCACUAGCGAUGACGUGCGACACGCAGGCAUGCGCUCGUCAGCGGCUUCACAUACGGUCACGCACACGUUGAGGCGCUCGGCUCAGUCACUAGCCCUGAACCUGCGCUUCAAGUUGAUCCGUGCCAGACGAUCCGCCUUGUCCACGAGGAGCUCGGACGUGAGGUCGCAUUCGACUUGA